CAAAUAUCCCUUAUUGAACUCCGAUCUCCUCGCAUUUGGCUUCAACUGAGAAUGGGUACUAGUCAACGCCGUCAACGAAUAGACACCGAGAUGCUGGAUUGCUGCGCUCUUCCCACCGAUUGCCUCGCCGCCAUCAUCUCCUUUACCAGUCCUCUCGAUGCCUGUAGAUGGUCACUAGUUUCCUCCUCUUUCAACAAGGUCGCCAGUUCCGACGCCGUUUGGGUUAAGUUCCUGCCGUCCGACUACCAGAAUUUGGUUCUCGCAUCGCGAUCCGCUUCUUCCUUGAAGGAACUUUAUCUCAGCCUCUGCGAUCAUCCUGUACUCAUUGAAGAGGACAAAAAGUUGACAAAUAACCAUGGAAUAGGUAUAAAACAAGACAAAAAGGAUGAUUGGCAUAAACUCCCGACGACUUGAAAGUAACAAUGAUUCUUCCUCACCACCGACAAGAAUUAAUUAAAAAACUAAAACCUCUAGCCCAAAUAAAUUAGAAAUCAAACAAUAUAAUCAAUUAGCAAUUAUUACAGUUAAGAAAAUUAAAAGUCAAAUAAUCAAUAAUUUAAUGUCCAAAGCCAAAAACAAUUGACAAUUACAAUAAUCCAUAACUGUAGAAGAACGGCCCAACGAAAACAAUCGAAAGUCCAUUGUUAAUUAUGAAAUGUGUUAAAAUGUUAGAGUUAUAUUUUGAAUUGAUAAAAGAAAAGAAUGUGAGAUUAAGCAAUAAAUUACGAUAUAAUUGACAAUUAACUUUAAAUUUGCCUUUUUUUACUUAAUAAUUAACAUAUAUACUUCAAUUUUUUAUUUUAUAAUUAAACAAAAAAAAAUUUUCAAUAUUUUAAGGGGCCUGGGGGGGCUCUGCCACUGGGACGGACUAUUUAUCACUUUUCCGAUUACAAGACAGUCAAACUUUCUGCAAAAUUCAAACUAGAAUAACUAAAUCAGACUAGAGAAGAGGGAAGCACAUGCUUUCAUAGUAAAAUCUUACAGUCCUA